AUGACUUCUUAAAUAUCUUACGAUUUAUGCACUAAAAUUANUACUCCUUUCUCAGAAUAUCCAAGAGAUGAUGAAUCAAUUAUGGAAAAUAUAUUAAAAGUAAAUUAAAUCGUAUUUUUAAUAGAAUAAAUUUGAUUUACCAUCAACAUUCUCUCCUGCACUCAAAGAUUUUGUUAAGAGAGGAUUAUAAUAAAGACCUGAAAACAGAAUUACUAUUGAUUAAAUGUUAUAACAUAAAUGGAUUUUGGAUAAUAGUUAAGGAAAUGAUAGAGAAUAUAUAUUUUGA